AUGUUUAAAAUAUUUGGAUCAAAGGCUCAAACAUUCAAACCUAAGAAAUCAAUUAAAAAAGGAACAAAACAGUAUGAGUUACACCAAAAAAUUAAAGAAACUUUAGGUUCAGGUGAUCUCACUGAUGCUAUUAAAUUACCACCAGAUGAAUCAUUACAAGAAUGGUUAUCUGUAAAUACAAUUGAUUUUUUUAAUCAAUCAAAUUUAUUAUAUGGAUCUAUUACAGAGUUUUGCACACCAAAGGUUUGUCCAGUCAUGUCAGCAGGGCCACAAUACGAAUUUUUAUGGGCAGAUGGUAAAGAUAUUAAAAAACCAAUUAGAGUAUCAGCACCUGUUUAUGUUGAUUAUUUAAUGACAUGGAUUCAGAAUACACUCGACGACGAAGAGAUUUUCCCGAGCAAAUUUUCAGAUGAAAUGCCAAAAAACUUUUUACCAACAAUUAAAGCAAUUUUCAAACGUUUAUUUAGAGUUUAUGCACAUAUUUAUUAUUCUCAUAUGGACAGGGUUGGACCUUUAGGCGUUGAGGCUCAUUUAAAUACAUGUUUUAGACAUUUUUAUUUAUUUAUAAAAGAAUAUAAUUUGGUUGAUAAAAAAGAAAUGGCCCCAUUACAACAUAUAAUUGAUAAAAUUAAUGCAAGAAAAGAUUAA